CGCUGCGGGGGCCGGCGACUGCUUAGACCGCAGAAAAGCAGGAGGACGUCUGAGACAUGCUCGCAGCGCUAGGCUCUCUGGCGGCUGCCCUCUGGGCAGUGGUCCAUCCUCGAACUCUCCUGCUGGGCACUGUCGCCUUUCUGCUCGUUGCUGACUUUCUCAAAAGACGGCGCCCAAAGAACUACCCGCCGGGGCCCUGGCCCCUGCCCUUCGUUGGCAACUUCUUCCAUGUGAACUUUGAGCAGUCGCACCUGGAGGUUCAGCAGUUUGUGAAGAAAUAUGGGAACCUUUUUAGCUUGGAGCUUGGUGACAUAUCUGCAGUUCUUAUUACUGGCUUGCCCUUAAUCAAAGAAGCCCUUAUCCACAUGGACCAAAACUUUGGGAACCGCCCCAUGACCCCUAUGCGAGAACGUACCUUUAAGAAAAAUGGAUUGAUUAUGUCAAGUGGCCAGAUAUGGAAGGAGCAAAGACGGUUCACUCUGACAGCACUAAGGAACUUUGGUUUAGGAAAGAAGAGCUUAGAGGAACGCAUUCAGGAGGAGGCCCAACACCUCACUGAAGCAAUAAAAGAGGAGAACGGACAGCCUUUUGACCCUCACUUCAAGAUAAACAAUGCAGUUUCCAAUAUCAUUUGCUCCAUCACCUUUGGAGAACGCUUUGAGUACCAGGAUAGUCAGUUUCAGGAGCUGCUGAAGUUAUUGGAUGAAGUCACAUACUUGGAGGCUUCAAAAACAUGCCAGCUCUACAAUGUCUUUCCAUGGCUAAUGAAAUUCCUGCCUGGACCCCACCAAACUCUUUUCAGCAACUGGGAAAAACUGAAAUUGUUUAUUUCUCAUAUAAUUGAAAAACACAGGAAGGAUUGGAAUCCUGCAGAAACAAGAGACUUUAUUGAUGCUUACCUCAAAGAAAUGUCAAAGCACACAGGCAAUUCUACUUCAAGUUUCCAUGAGGAAAACCUCAUCUGCAGCACUCUGGACCUUUUCUUUGCCGGAACCGAGACAACUUCUACGACUCUGCGAUGGGCUCUGCUUUAUAUGGCCCUCUACCCAGAAAUCCAAGAAAAAGUACAAGCUGAGAUUGACAGAGUGAUCGGCCAGGGGCAGCAGCCGAGCACAGCCGCCCGGGAGUCCAUGCCCUACACCAAUGCCGUCAUCCAUGAGGUGCAGAGAAUGGGCAACAUCAUCCCCCUGAACGUUCCCAGGGAAGCGACAGUUGAUACCACUUUGGCUGGGUACCACCUGCCCAAGGGGACCAUGAUCCUGACCAAUUUGACGGCGCUGCUCAGGGACCCCACAGAGUGGGCCACCCCUGACACGUUCAAUCCAGAGCAUUUUCUGGAGAAUGGACAGUUUAAGAAAAGGGAAGCCUUUCUACCCUUCUCAAUAGGAAAGCGGGCAUGCCUCGGAGAACAGUUGGCCAGGACUGAGCUGUUUAUUUUCUUCACUUCCCUUGUACAAAAAUUUACCUUCAGGCCCCCAGACAAUGAGAAGCUGAGCCCGAAGUUUAGAAUGGGCAUCACUAUUUCCCCAGUCAGUCACCACCUCUGCGCUGUUCCUCGGGUCUGAUUUUGCUAAGAAAGAAAGGGGCUUUUUAAUGAUUGCCAUUCUAACUGGUGUGAGAUGGUAUCUCAUUGUGGUUUUGACUUGCAUUUCUCUGAUGGCAAGUGAUAAUGAGCAUUUUUUCACGUGUCUGCUGG